AUGCGUCGGCUCAUCUCCCGCAGCGUCUCUGUCAGCGCCGCCACCCGCUCGCCCGCCUCGUCUGCUGCUCCUCGCUCCUCGCUCGCCGCCAUGUCGUCGUCGUCGUCGUCGUCAAGCAAGAGCAGCCAGGCCGCCGUGGCCGCACGACGCAUCCACGCCACGGCCCGGCAGAUGCGUCCUGCCACCGCCGCCGCCACCCUGACCUCGACCGCCACCAGCUACCCGACGACGCACGACAAGAUUCAGUCGGUCGAGGACACGCCAUACUUUGUCGACAACAAGUUUGUCCAGUCCAAAGCGUCCAGCUUUAUUGAUCUGCCCGACCCGGCCACCAACAACCUCGUCACCCGCGUCCCGCAAAUGACCGACGAGGAGAUGAAGGCCGCCGUCGCCAGCGCCGAAAAGGCGUUUGAGACGUGGCGCAACACGUCGGUGCUGCAUCGCCAGCAAAUCAUGUUCAAGUUUGUCGCCCUCAUCCGCGAGAACUGGGACCGCCUCGCCGCCAGCAUUACCCUCGAACAGGGCAAGACCUUUGCCGACGCCAAGGGCGACGUCCUGCGUGGUCUGCAGGUCGCCGAGGCGGCUUGCGGCGCCCCCGAGCUGCUCAAGGGCGAGGUGCUCGAGGUUGCCAAGGACAUGGAGACAAGAACCUACCGCGAGCCAUUGGGCGUUGUCGCCGCCAUCUGCCCUUUUAACUUUCCCGCCAUGAUUCCUCUCUGGUGUAUCCCUAUCGCCACCAUCACCGGCAACACCCUCAUUCUGAAGCCCUCGGAGCGCGACCCCGGCGCGGCCAUGAUUCUGGCCGAGCUCGUGCAAAAGGCUGGUUUCCCCGACGGCGUCGUCAAUGUCAUCCACGGCGCGCACAAGACGGUCGACUUUAUCCUCGACGAGCCCGCCAUCAAGGCCAUUAGCUUCGUCGGCGGCAACAAGGCCGGCGAGUACAUCUUCUCGCGCGGCUCCGCCAACGGCAAGCGCGUGCAGGCCAACCUUGGCGCCAAGAACCACGCCGCCGUCCUGCCCGACUGCAACAAGAACCACUUCAUCAACAGCGUCGUCGGUGCCGCCUUUGGCGCGGCCGGCCAGCGCUGCAUGGCCCUCAGCACCCUCGUCAUGGUGGGCGAGACCAAGGAGUGGCUGUCCGAGGUGGCCGAGAGCGCUCAGAAGCUCAAGGUCGACGGCGGCUUCGAGGACGGCGCCGACCUCGGCCCCGUCAUCUCCCCGCACAGCAAGGAUCGCAUCGAGAAGCUCAUCGCGUCGGCCGAGAAGGAGGGCGCCACCAUCCUGCUCGACGGCCGCGGCUUCGCGCCCACCAAGUACCCCAACGGCAACUUCAUCGGCCCCACCAUCAUCUCCAACGUGACGCCAGACAUGACGUGCUACAAGGAAGAGGUUUUCGGCCCCGUUCUCGUCUGCCUCAACGUCGACACCAUUGACGACGCCAUCGACCUCAUCAACAAGAACGAGUACGGCAACGGCGUUGCCAUCUUCACCAAGUCGGGUCCCACGGCCGAGACGUUUCGCCGCAACAUCCAGGCCGGCCAGGUCGGCAUCAACGUCCCCAUCCCCGUCCCUCUGCCCAUGUUUUCCUUCACCGGCAACAAGAAGAGCAUCGCCGGCGGCGGCGCCAGCACCUUUUACGGCAAGCCCGGCAUCAACUUUUACACGCAGCUCAAGACUGUCACGGCUCUGUGGCAGAGCAACGACGCCGUGGCCAAGAAGGCGUCGUUAGCUAUGCCGACGCUGCAGUAA